GUCGCUUCUGGAGUCGUCCCGCCCCGCAGAGCAGCAGCCGGGCUCCGACGGUGACGGUACCAAACGCUCUCAGCCCGGACAGCAGAGGAUCUACCGAGCUGCGGACCGGACGGGUUUGUAGGGAAAGGAGCACAGAAAGAACUACAGACAUAGAGGAGUGGAUUCAUCUGGCUGCUGAUUCAGAAAAGUUGUGCCCGCACAGAAAAGGCGACUGGAUAAAACAUUACUGUGGAGGAAAUAUUGCUGCGCUAUGGAGAACAUAUUAUUGUAAAGGCCACAGUGAAGAAGAAGAGGCUCAAAGAGAAGCAAGGUCUUGGGAUGUUUGCACUCUGCCAUUUCCCCGUCUCCCCCGGACAUUCAGGCACUGGACGCUGGGCGACACUCUGAGUGUGUGUGGUGUGUCUGACGCCGUCAGGGUGCCAUGGCUCUGGUACAGGCACUACCUGUGACCGUGACUGACUACCCCAAUCCAGGUCUCGACAUCCAGCAGUACCGGCCACUAUCAUCCCACUCCCCCUCAGGCCCCUGCCCGGGCCCCUGUGGGCCCUGCAGCCCUGGGACAGCCAUGGGUUCUGUCAGCAGCCUCAUAUCAGGCCGGACGUAUCAGGAGAAACACUGCCGGGCCGCCAGCGAGUUCUCCACCAAGUCACGCCGAUCCACCCCGGCCACCAGCUGCUUCCGGCUCCAGGACAACACGCUCCGCAGCGGGAGCUCCGUUGAGCAUCUGCUGGUUAUCAGCAACCAAACGCUUCCCCAGGCCCAGGUCCUGCCUCCACCACUGCCCACCAAGAAGCAGCCCCGGCCUGGUAACUGUACUGGGCCAGGGGGAGGAACGGCUGCUGGAGCAGUAGGUGGUGGCCCUAAUGGGAACUCUGGGUAUGUGAGCGAUGAGGUGUUGGUUGGAGACUGGAACGACAACCUCAUGGUGGCAGCUGUUAGUCCCUGUAGUGACUCGGAGGACCAAAAGGACAACAGGGCUCUGAACGGCAACAUUGGAGGGCCUCCUCCCAAACUAAUCCCAGUGUCCGGACAGUUAGAGAAGAACAUGGAGAAAGUGCUGAUCCGUCCUACAGCGUUCAAACCUGUCAUUCCCAAGAACCGUCACUCUGUGCACUACCUGUCACCACGGCCAGCGCCCAGCAGUCUGUCGGAGAGCCAGGCCAGCAUCAACCUCCUACUGCCCCUCGGGGGGUCCAACGGCGCCGGCGGCACAAACGGCCUCGUAGUGAGCAGCACUUCCAGCACUGAAGGGAAACGCAACUCCUACAGCGGGGGUCGAAAUGCUCGGAGCAGCCAGUCCUGUUCCAUGUCAGAUUCAGGAAGGAACUCCCUCUCCAGCCUCCCGACUCACAGCAGCACAGGCUACAGUCUGGCCCCCAGCGAGGGCUCCAGCUCGGGGUCUGGCUCGGGGGGCCAGCUGGAGCCUGUGACGGGCCUCGGCCGAACCACCUCAGGUGGAAAUGGGAGCCACGGCCACACUAACUCAGACAGUGGACGCUCCUCAUCCAGCAAGAGCACAGGCUCGGGGUCUCUAAGUGGGCGCGGGCAGCCCCUGUCGGACAGUGGGUCCUGUGGUCACUCGCCGCCACCUGUGGAGGGCUAUGAGGGGGUGGUGAGGGAGCUGGAGGACAAGCUGAGGGAACGAGACCUGGAGCUGCAGCAGCUCCGGGAAAACCUGGAUGAGAAUGAAGCUGCCAUUUGCCAGGUGUAUGAGGAGAAGCAGCGUCGCUGUGAAAGAGAGAUGGAGGAGCUGAGACAGAGCUGCGCCACGAAGAUGAAGCAAGCCUCGCAGAAGGCCCAGAGGGCACAGCAGGUGCUACAGUUACAGGUAUUUCAACUACAGCAAGAGAAAAAGAAGCUGCAGGAGGACUUCUCCUCUCUGCUGCAGGACAGAGAGACGCUGGAACGGAGGUGUGCCUCCAUCCAGAGGGAGCAGACCCAGCUGGGGCCACGUCUGGAAGAGACAAAGUGGGAGGUGUGUCAGAAGUCCGGAGAGAUCUCCCUCCUGAAGCAGCAGCUGAAGGAGAUCCAGUCUGAGCUCAGCCAGAAGGCCGGAGACAUCGUGAUGCUGAAGGCUCAGCUGAGAGAAGCCCGUUCUGAACUGCAGGCCAGCCAGGCUCGGUCCCGCGAGGCUGGGAUGGCCCUGAGGACGAGAUCUCUGGAGCUAGAAGUCUGUGAGAAUGAACUCCAGAGGCGCAAGAGCGAAGCUGAGCUGCUGCGGGAGAAAGCAGGCCGAUUGGAAGAGGAGUCAGCUCGCCUCCGGGACACUCUUUCCCUUCACAGCGGACACUCUCUUCCUGCAAAUCUAAGCAUGAAGGGACAUUGCAUGAGCCUCUCCCUCCAGCAGGGAAGAGGAGUGACAGGAAGGGGGGGUCCCAGUCCCUCUUUGUACCGGGAUGCAGAGGACACUCAUGUAGUCUGGGGAGGGGAGAGCGAUGAGGCGAAGGCACAGAGGCAGAACGCAGAAGCAGUGCUGGGAUUCAGACAACAGGUGGAGAGGCUAAAGGCUGAACUCAUGUACGAGAGGAGGACUAACGAGGAGCAGCUGUCACGGUUUGAGGAUGAGAGGAGGGUGUGGCAGGAGGAGAAGGAAAAAGUAAUCCGUUACCAGAAACAGCUGCAGCAGAACUACAUCCAGAUGUACCGUAGGAACCGGGAUCUGGAGCGAGUGAUGAGGGAGCUGAGUCUGGAGCUGGAGAACAGGGACAUGGAGGACUAUGAGGUGCACAGUGGCAGCAACGACAUCCACUUUGAGGAAAUCACCGCCACUGAGAUCUAAAAAUACACUUAUACUAUUAUGUGCACAGGACCAUGGAAACACAACUCACAAAAAAAACAGAGGAGGUCAAACAAACAUUGAACUCCAGGCCAAAUACUGCACUAUCUUCAAAAUGGCUUCACGUGGACCACCGACCACUCGUCCUUGUCAAAAGGGACAUUUCCCAAAGGUGCAUUCUUACUUUCUACCAACAGAGAAGUACUCCAAUAAAUCCUUAUAAAGUGUCCCCUCCGGCGCUUUUAACAGGUUUAUUCCACUACAAAGCCAGCACAAAGACUUAUUUCCCCUCUGUGGGAGCAAAAGCAGUGAAGACAGCGUUUCUUCCUCAGACCACAUUCAAAUCAGGGUAUUAAAAAUCGUCGGGCACUUGAAGCAAAAAAUGUCAUACAGGCACAGCAGUCAAAGUGCAGUCGCGCCUUUCUCUGUAGCACAUACAGCUAAACACCCGGCCACCAGCAUGCAUGUUAUGAUGCAUCAUGACACUCCUAUCAACACCGCCGCUGCAAGAUAUUAAAGAUGAUUACAUUGAUUACCCUUCCACAUAACAACAAUAACAACAGCUGAACUGGUCCUCCACGAGGCUCAGCCGUGCAAUUCAUCUUUUCAAUUAAUACAAGAAGAAUCCUAUUUUUGUUCUUGAGCUCUAAUUCCUCAGCAGGUUGGUAUUUUUUUUAAAGAAUGUAUGUGACUGUUAUCAAUCCAGAGUAAUGCAGUAUAAAUGGUCAUCAUCAAAGAAUCUGCUCUCCAAGGGAAACAUGGUGUUAUUUUUAUUUUUUGUCCUGAACUGUGGUUUUUGUUGAGCAAGACAUCAGACUUCAACAAACAAGUUGGGACAUUCAUAUAAGGACAUCCUAAUUUCCCAAAGCACCAAGGACACAGGAAACAAACGCUCAAAGGACGCUGCUUAUGUUUCUAGACCACCAACAGUGAUGCUGUUGCAAGAGUGCAAGCUCUGACAUAAACAUUUACAUUUUACAAUGAUGUAGCAUUAGAAGGUGUAGCAUUGGAGAUAUUCUACUGAUUCUCCUCCUUCUUUCUAUUUCUGCCUUUGUCUCUAUGUGCACUCUCUCUCUCCAUCUCUAUCUCUGCUUAUUACUCUAUUUUUGUAACAGCUGGCAGUUGGUAUCAGGAAACUAAAAUUGGAGCAAAUUCUUCUUUGGUCGUGACGUCAUUGAGAGAUUUAAGGCAUGCUUAUUCAGAGUUUCCGUUUAUUCUCCCUCAUUCCCAUUAGUGCUCUUUAUUUAGCUUUUGGCAGCCCAAAGCCAAAUAACACUUUAAAAGUCUUCCUAGACUCCCUUAGACUAUAACGUCACUGACUGCUAUAUAGGUAGCAAGACUGGCAUGCCUGCAUGUCGUUGUUCGUUGUAUCAGAUUUCAGAGGAAGCCGGUUCAGGUAGCGGUGAGAUGUGAGUUUGCAGACGCAGUAGCUCCAGAGCUGACUGUCCUCAAGGCAGGUCGGUUUUAAAAGCCCUAAAUAUAAACCGGUGGGGAGUAUGUUCACAUUUGAAGCUGUUUUCUCACAGUAUAUGCAGGGCUGUGGGGAACACUGCUCAUGGCGGGUCUCUACUGAAAAAAAGAAGAGGGCUGAGAACUUUUAUUUUACAAAUAGUCUAUAUCAAGGAAUAAUCAUUAAAUGGAAAUCUAUAUAAUGGAGGAGAUGUUGUAUAUUUUUUUAUAUAUAGCACCUGAAGAUAUUUUGUUGUAGUACUGAUUUAAGUGUGGGUUUAAUAAACAAAACAUAAAGACUUCUAUAUAUAUAUAUAUAAAUAUCUAUCACAUACAAAUAAUUCAAAUGAUGGAUCAGUUAUAAGUGGAGGUGGCAACAUAGAAGGAGUGCACCUAAUACUGUAAUGCAUGAGAAUAUGUUUACAUUAUAUAAUCUGUGUGACAUUAGCAUACACUCUAAAGACCAAAUUUUGCAUCUGAUACAAACAGUUGGGAGCUUUGUUAAGGUUCAUUUUUGACUUGUUGUCCCUCCUUUUUGAUUGAUCUUUCGUUUGAUCCUCAGUAUCAAGCAGCGUUGGGUUUCGUGCACGUCAGUAGUUUAAAAACGCAUGAGAUGGUGAUUGUUCAUUAGGUUAGGGCCGCAGCAGAUGCAAACCAGAACAUUGUUAAUUUUCAUAUACCUGGAAAUGAUAUCAUACCCCUUUCAGAAAGUGUAUCAGUAUGAUUGUCAGACUAUAUUUUGCAUGACCUCACCACAUUCACUGUGGAUUGAGAGAAUGUUUAGAUUAUUAGUUCUGUAUACAUCAACAUAAAGCCAUGGGAAGUGACCAAGAAUGGAACAAGUUGGGUUUGUCCAACCCAUAUUCAAUUUGUCAACCAGACCUAGACUGUUACACACUCACCAUAAAGGCAGUAAAGAUACAGAUUAACAACCAACCUGACAAGUACUGUGUGCACCGUAGACUUAAAUUCUUUCCUCACAUCUCAGUUUCUCUUCGUUGCAUAACCAUUUUCCCCUUGUAAAUAUGUAAAACACUAAAUAGUAUAACAGAGUGACAUUGUCUUUUAUUUAGACAAAAUAUCUAUUUCAAAUGUAGCCACUGUGACUAGACCAAAGCAACGUAACACAUUUUCUUUUUUUGUGGCAUUUUUCUCAUCCUUUUGUGUGCAUUUUUUUUAAUGUUUACUUACAUUGUGUCUUCAGUAAUUCACAAAGUAUCUAGUUGUCCAUGUAUAUUUUUAUGUGUACAUUUCUUGUACAAAUGACUGUGUUUUUUAAUUAAAGAACAAGUUGUCACACGUUA